CAGCUGCUGCGCAGAAGAGGGGGGCAGGAGCCGAAUGGUGGAGCUGAAGAUGGCGGAUGGCGACAGUGGGAGUGAGCGUGGUGGAAGUAGCGGAGGAGGAGGAGGAGGCUUCCAGCACUUCCACAGGGACCAGGAGACCCAGGAGCUGGCCUCCAAGCGCCUCGACAUCCAGAACAAGCGCUUCUACCUGGAUGUCAAGCAGAACAGUAAAGGCAGGUUCAUCAAGAUCGCCGAGGUCGGGGCCGGGGGCUCCAAAAGUCGCUUGACCCUCUCGCUGUCAGUUGCGGCGGAGUUCCGUGACUACCUCGGGGAUUUCAUCGAGCACUACGCCCAGCUGGGCCCCAGCACUCCGGAACAAAUAGCCCAGGCCACCGCGGGGGAAGACGGCGGGCCGCGGCGAGCUCUGAAGAGCGAGUUUCUGGUCCGGGAAAACCGCAAGUACUACCUGGACCUGAAGGAGAACCAGCGGGGGAGGUUCCUGCGGAUCCGGCAGACCGUCAACCGCGGACCUGGCUUUGGAGUAGGGGGGCCCGUGGGGGGCAUGCUUGCCGGUCAGACCAUUGCCCUUCCGGCGCAGGGGCUGAUAGAGUUCAGAGACGCCCUGGCGAAGCUCAUAGAUGAUUACGGAGGAGACGACGAGGAGCUGACGGGGGGCAUGGCCGCGGGGGGCUUCAGCGAGCUCCCCGAGGGCACCUCCAUCAUGGUGGACUCCAAGCGCUUCUUCUUCGACGUCGGAUCCAACAAAUACGGAGUGUUCCUGCGGGUGAGCGAGGUGAAGCCCAGCUACAGGAACUCUAUCACCAUCCCCUUCAAAGCCUGGAGCAAGUUCGGAGGAGCCUUCUGCAGGUACGCCGAGGAGAUGAAGGAGAUCCAGGAGCGGCAGAGGGACAAGAUGUACGAGAGGAGAGAGGAGUCCGAGGGGGACGAUGUGGAUGACGACUGAGCGCGUGGAUCACCGCGGCUGUUAGUCCAGAUGCACCACAGAUGUGCAGCAUAGGGGUAUUUUUUCAUUAAAGAAGAAAAAAAGCAGAAACGACAGAUAAAAGUGCAUGAUGAAUCGUGCUGUAAUAGCUUACUAAAAGUAUUGUGGCGUAAAACAAAGUACAUGUGCAGGGACUGAUUGGUGUAUAUCUCUAAAAGUUUGUAGGGGUUGGAGGUGUUGUGUGCAA